AUGUUUCUUUUAGAAAGGUUGUACUCGUUCUUAAAAUAUCCGUUUGAUACUACUCGACAAGAAAAACUCAAUAAUAGUUACCAUCAAAGAAGAGAUUCUACGAGGAAUAAACCAACAACAUUUAGACUCAUUCGUGCACACUAUAUUAUUCCACCUAAAGCCACUAAUAAUUCUGUCGGAGUAUCUAAUAACACCAACAAAGACAAGGGGGUCAUCUUGCGACAACAGGUUGAAAAUUUGAAAAUACAAGAACCUUUGCAAUCUAACAUUCUCGAAAAAUCUCCCCUACUAAUUUCGACAUCCGAGAAUUCUACCACUAACUCUAUUGACACUUUGACCGAAGAAGUCUUGCUCGAUAACUCUGAGACCUCUAUUUCUAAAGGCGAAAACGAGAGCGACACCAUUAGUACCGUCGCCAAUCACAUCAUCACUGAUAGUGAAAAUACACAACGACCAGAACAAAAGACUUAUUCCCCUUAUUACUACCCCAACUUCUCACGAUAUGAAUAUCCAACAAAAGUCGGAGGAGAUAAUGAACAAUACACCGAACAUAAUUGGUCAUUCCCAAACUGGGAUGACGAAAUCGACGAAUUCACACCACCAAUCCGAGAUCAUUACCGAAACUCUCACGGUACUCGGGGUACUGGAAAAGACUAUCGCCCCGACAACGACCGACAACCAGAACAAGAUUAUUUCAAUCAAAAUAACUCCUCCUCCUCCUCAAACGAAUCUACUCCAACAGAAGACAACGACGAUUCGACAAUUCAAUCUGAAACCGAGGAGGAGCAAAAAAAUGACGAACAAGGACUUGUUCUUUGCGAAGAAUUAUCCGAUGGAAUCGACUCGUGUCGUCGAGAUCAAAAAUCCGAUUAUGAUCGAUUCCGUGACCACUUAUCGUCGUUAUCACUUGAACUUCGUGCGCUCCAACAAGAAAUUGAAGCAGCCGAGGCCGCGUGUUUAAAUCAUAAUUGGAAUGCUAAUGAAUCAAGUGAAAUAAUAACUGAUUCAGAGUCAUCAAUUAUCGUUGGGUCACCUGUGCCUUCGGUACGUUUAAUUGCUUCUUCUACAACACCAUCUGCAAUAGCAAUGGCAAGAAAUUCACAAAAAUCCGCUGCAUCGUCUCCUCCACGAGACAAUGAAUUUUCACCCUCAACAUCACCAGAACCCUAUUUUUCGUUUCAUGGCAGACCUAAUAAUAAUACAACCACCACUAGUCUAGAUACGCGUUGCUCAAUACCGGAAGAUACUUGGACAUCGGAUUGUAUUCGCGAAAUACCAUGUUAA